AUGCAACUGCUCAGCCCAAGUUUGAAGAAACUAGAAAAAGGAAAAUUGUUGCACGAACGUCUAAAUCCACAUGACUUUGCUGUUUGGGGUAACUUAAAGGAGAAGUUGAGAAGCAAGAAGAUUAGCAUUGUAAAUGGCUUUGAAAAUUCAAAAGAGCAUAGAACGAGAUCCGGAGUACCUGCGGCACUUUAUGAUACCCCGAAUGAAGGCAUAUGUGAGAGCCAAAGGUGGACAUUUCGAGCAAUUUAUAUAAGUUAUGUGGAACUGUGUUUCUCUGUUUACUUUAUUGAAAAAUUAGUGUCAACAAGUGUGUUCAGAAGAAAAAGUAAACGGGAUCAGUCUGGGAUGCUGGGUAAUCGUUCAAAGCAUACCCGUAUUGGUUGA